AUGGCUGUCUUUCCGUCGAACCCAGUCAACAAGACUCCUAUGAGCCAAUUGCUUAGAAAAUAUCCCGGGCUGUUCGGCGUUCCGUUUGUGUUGCUCAUGGUCGGCGCAUCGUUCAUGCUCACUCCAUUCACUCAAACGCGGUACGACUUGCAAGACCAACGGGUGAAACAGAUGAACAAAGCGGACGAACUGCGGCUUGAUCAAAAGCGCAAGAAAUUCGACAUCCGAGAAGAGUAUUUCCGUUUGAGUGCCGCCUCGGACGACGAAUGGGAAUCCAAACGGAUAAAGCGUCCAAAAGGCUUGCCAGAAUGGGGUGUUCCUCCUCCAGAAUCCCCAAACUCUCCCAAGGACUCCGGGAAAUGA